CGAGCGACCUCCACACAUGCUAGUGUCCGACUUGCAACACCCCACGCUCCCCUCUUCCGCUUUCCGCUCGUCCCGCAUCCCGCAUCGACGUUCGUAGCACCCCGAAAAGAUGAUCUCCGCCCUUGCCCGCCGCGCCCCUACCGCCGCCGCCGCCGGUGCUCGCGCCUUCACCACCUCCGCUGCCCGGGCGAUCUCCCUGCCGGCUGGCCAUGUUGCGGCCUCCUCGCAGCCCGGCGACGUCGCGGCCGAGGCCAACGUCUACACCUCCUACGACUGGACCGAUCCGCUGAACCUGGCCUCCUGCCUGACCGACGAGGAGCGCAUGAUCCAGUCGCAGGUGAGCGCCUACUGCCAGCGGGAGCUGCUGCCGCGCGCGCGCGAGGCCAACUCCAAGGAGCACUUCGACCGCGCCAUCAUGCGCGAGAUGGGCGCCCUCGGCAUGCUCGGGUCCACCAUCGACGGGUAUGGCUGCCCCGGUGUCAACUCCGUGUCCUAUGGUCUGAUGGCUCGCGAGGUGGAGCGCGUCGACUCCGGCUACCGCAGUGCCAUGAGUGUCCAGAGCUCUCUGGUCAUGUACCCGAUCUAUGUGUUCGGCAGCGAGGAGCAGCGCUCCAAGUACCUGCCCCGCCUGGCUACCGGUGAGAUCAUCGGUGCCUUCGGCCUGACCGAGCCCAACCACGGCUCCGACCCCGGCAGCAUGGAGGCUCGUGCCAAGUCCAUGCCCGGCGGCGACUUCAAGCUCUCCGGUACCAAGACCUGGAUUACCAACUCCCCGAUCGCCGACGUCUUCGUCGUCUGGGCCAAGACCGACGACGGUGUCAUUCGCGGCUUCCUCCUCGAUCGCGACAUGCCCGGCCUCUCCACCCCCACCAUCCACGGGAAGUUCUCCCUGCGUGCCUCGACCACCGGCCAGAUCGUCAUGGACGACGUCAUUGUCCCGGCCACUGCCAUGCUCCCCGGCGCCCGCGGUCUGCGUGGGCCGUUCUCUUGCCUGAACAAGGCCCGCUUCGGCAUUGCCUGGGGCUCGCUCGGCGCGGCCGAGGCCUGCCUGCACGCCGCUCGCAGCUACACCGUCGACCGCCAGCAGUUCGGCCGCCCGCUGGCCGCCACCCAGCUCAUCCAGAAGAAGCUGGCCGACGCCUCGACCGAGAUCGCCCUCGGCCUGCAGAGCUGCCUGCAGGUUGGCCGCCUGAUGGACGCCGGCCGCGCCGCCCCGGAGAUGAUCUCCAUGCUGAAGCGCAACAACUGCGGCAAGGCCCUGGCCAUCGCGCGCGAGGCCCGCGACAUGCUCGGUGGCAACGGCAUCUCCGACGAGUACCCGAUCAUUCGCCACGUCAUGAACCUCGAGGCCGUCAACACCUACGAGGGCACCCACGACGUGCACGGCCUGAUCAUUGGCCGCGCCAUCACCGGCCAUGCUGCCUUCUAAGAAGAAGGGGCAAGGCACCGCCUCCAGGCGUCUUGUCUGUCCUUCUAUCAUUCUUUCCGACCCCUGCGUCCUCCCCUCUCCCCCUUCGGGCGGCGUGUAUCAUUCAAGCCCUCCCGAUGCCGUCGCGGGGGAGGCGGGUGGCUUUUGUGAGGAGUCGGAUCCGAUAGGGCUGGCCCCUACAGGGGAUGGCGAGGGGGACGACCCAUCCCUUGCAUGUGUGGGCGUUUGCCCCCGGCGCCAAGAGGACCACCCGCCCACCACGUCAGCCCCGUAUUCUGUGUGCGCGCGUGUGCACAUGCAAGCCCACAUCUUCUUGUCCUCUCUGUCCAGCCUGCUUUGCCCCUCGCCAAGAGGUGUCGGCAGGAGGAAAACACCCCCCCCCCCCCCACAAUACACUCCCUCCUGUUUGCCUUCUGGAGCGGGCCUCAUACGA